AUGAUCGUUGCCAUGGAAAAAGACCACGUCCAGGUCGUCAGCAUGUCGGAUGAUGAACGGAAAAAGGGCAAAUACUCCCCCUUGACACUCCAAAAGGCACUGGAGGCAAUGAACCAAGACGGCCUGGUCGUGCUCAAGAAUGUCGUCGACACCGACCACAUCGCGACGAUCAACGAGAGAAUGUGCCUUGAUGCAGAGAAGAAGAGAGUCGACCCAUCUCAGACAUUCAAUCACGGCGUUAAAUCAAACUUCCUCCAACGCCCGCCGGUGACGGAAUCUUCGUACCUCUUUGAGGACGUAUACUUCAACCCCUUUCUUCUUCAACUAGCCAAUGCAUACCUCGGCCACACACCCAUAUGGAACUGGCUGACGUCCAACGUGGCACUCUCCAACACGUCCGGCCUGCGUCAACCGGCUCACAAGGACUGUGCCUUUGCCCACCCGCAAUACCCAUACUACUUCAUCGCCAACAUCCCGCUGUGCGACUUCACGGUCGAGACUGGCUCCACCGAGUUCUGGCUGGGAUCGCACGCCCACGCCAGCUUUCGCGAACAAGUCAUCGCGACCACGCCCGAGCAGAUCGUCGAGUACGGACGCCUGGGCGAACCCUUACCCGCCAUCACAGACGAGGCAAAGGAGGCACGGAGAGCGAUCCGCCCCCCCAUUCAACCCGAGUGCGGGCCGGGAGAUAUCAUGAUCCGCGAUCUGAGACUGUGGCACGCCGGUAUGCCGAAUGAGUCGGACAAGCACAGGAUCAUGCUGGGGUUAGGGUACCAGAGUCCACAUUAUCCCAAUUACAGUCAGAGAUGCCACUUGCCCUUGUCGCAGCAGGAUUUCUUCAUGCGGUCGUCAGCAGGCGGCACGGUCGAAGUGCGGGCGAAUUUUUACGAGGAUGGAGAGUUUGACAGGUUGACCAAGGAUACUUGGUUCCAGUUGAGGCCUGACUACCUCGCCUAG